AUGACAAUUGCUCUUUCAGCAAAGAACAAGUUAUCUUUUGUCAAUGGAGUUUCAACCAGACCUAAUGAUUCUUCUCUUGUUCCUCAGUGGCAGAGAUGUAAUGACAUGGUAAUCUCCUGGAUUCUCAAUACUCUGUCUAGAGACAUAUCUGAUAGUGUUCUUUACACUGAAACUGCAUGCAAAUUAUGGAAUGAAUUGAAUGAUAGAUAUGGACAAGUGAAUGGUGCUAAAUUGUACCAGUUACAAAAGAGUAUUUGUGAAAUCUCACAAGGUAGUAAUGAUAUAGCUACUUACUUUACCAAAAUCAAAGCUAUUUGGGAUGAAUUAAAUGCUUUGAAUUCUCUUCCUGAUUGUUCAUGUGGAGUUUCUCAUGUUUUUGCCAAACGAGAUGAGGAUCAACGAUUAGUGCAGUUUCUUAUGGGAUUGAAUGCAAGUUAUGAUAGCGUUCAAAGCAACAUUCUCAUGAUGAAACCUAUUCCUUCAAUAAGUACUGCUUAUGCAAUUCUUAUUCAAGAUGAGAAACAAAGAGAAAUACAUUCUACUAAUAUUUUUGCUCUGGAAUCUUCAUCAAUGAAUGUUACUGCUCAACCUUCUUAA